AUGAGUAAAAUUGGUAUAAUUGACUACUACGAAAAUGAGAACGCUUGGAAUAAUAGUAAACCAAAGAAAGGCUCAAUGAUUCUAUUUCCAAACUUUCGUGUUGUCCGCUGCAGCCAACACAAUAGUUUUAGUAAGACAAACUACGACAGGGAAUAUGUCUUGGAGGUCAUUGCACAAAAGAAAAUAUUACGCAUAGCCGCUGAAAACAGGACUAUACAGGAUUCUUGGAUCCAAAAAAUUCAGCGGAUGGCUACUCUGAAACCAUCAACUGAAGGUAAUUUGUACCCUAUUCAGACUACCGAUUCUAAAUCCAUGCAGCAGCUGGGAAUCGCUGCAAUCAAUAAAUGCUUUUUAUGGUUAUGCACCAGUGGUAUUAUUUUAGCGGAAAAAGAUUCUCAAUCGAUUAUAGCUAUGUGGUCAUACCGCUGCAUUCGAAGCUUCAACUGUACAGGGAGCAAUCGAUUUACCUUCGAAUCAGGUCGAAGAUCAUUGCUAGGCCAAGGCGAAUAUCAUUUUUACACGAAAGGCCAAGACAACGUUGAAAUUAAUCGACUCAUCAGUUGUAGUAUCACCUAUAAAUUUAAGUCAGCAGAUGAAGGGACAAGGGACUCUAUUCAACGAAAGAUGACAUCUGUAUAUGAAGACUACGAUAAAAUGGAUACCUUCAUCGAAUAUUCCGUUGGCUUUAACAGUCUCAAUUUAGGUGGCAUUGCAUCAUCUGAAAUAGCAACACCAACUAAAUCGCCAGCUAAGGAUCAUACAACUAGUCAACCAAUUGCUACACCAAAAAUUGCUAUAGAUCGUGGCACUGCCAGUGCCAGUGGGUCAUUCAAGUUCAACGAAUGGGCAAAUAUCAAAAAUAUGAGAUUAAAUAAUUCAGCGUGUCAAAGCUGUUCAGGUAAGAAGAAGAAUAGUAAUAUAAGCACUUGCGUCAAUUUAUAUCCUAACUAUCAAUCUCGGUCUCUACUAGAUCGUAAUCCUGUAUAUGGAUUAGACAACAACGCCAAUCAAAAGCAACAGUUGUCACAUAGUUAUAGCGGCAAACGAGUGUCAAGUGAUAGCAAUUCCGGUGUAUUAACUGUUCGCUAUAGCCAAGAUAUGGAAGAAACAGUCAAAACAAAACCUAACCCAUCAGAUAGCGAAUACGCAACAUUUUGUAAAGAUUCAUGCAGUGAUAUGACCUAUGCCGUUUUGGAAGGAGCACAAAUUGCCAAUGCUCAGGAGUACACAAUCAUGGGAACUCAAAUAGAGCCACGUCAUGAUGUAACGGAUGAUUACGAUAGUGGAUCAGCAGCCAAUUCAGAAGAUUUCGAACAAACUGCGGUAUCCAUGUCGAAAUAUGUAGAUGGCAAUACAUGGAGUAAUACUGCUGAUACAAUGUAUGAUAAUUUAAGUGAAAUUUCCACGCCAAAGCAGCAGCGAAUUAGCCGUGAUGGAGAAAAUGGCAUCGUUGAAAUUUCGCCUGAUAAACUGGAAAGUGCAAAGAAGAUACACUCUACAACUACCAUAUCAACGCAACAAGAUAGCUAUGGUAACAAGAAUAGCCAUAAUGUUGACACUUUAUCUGGCCAGCUAGAAAACACAAGUAUUUCACAUGAGGCUUCGACUAGAGUGCGACAGGAAUUAACGGUGUUAAGGAAUGAUGAAUACAGUUUCGAUGCAAUAUAUGACAGUUUUGAUAAUGCUGACUUUACAGGUGAAUAUGAAAUACCGGUAUCUAAUAACGAUACUGAGGCAAUGUAUGACAAUUUUAAUGGUAAUAACUUUGAGGAUAAAAGUGAGUCACCAGCAUCGAAUGACGACGACGAUAUUGAAGCUAUGUAUGAUAACUUUAACGGUAAUAACUUUGAGGACGAAUAUGUUAAUAUAUCCUUCAAACAGUUAUAG